AUGCCUCCUCCACCUCACACCAAGCCCGAGAACGUUCUCAAGCGGGCACAAGAACUCAUCGGAGUCGGCCAAACGCAAGCUGCUUUGGCCCUCUUGCACGAACAUGUUACCUCAAAGCGGUCCCGAAACAAUACCAUUGCGGCCCUUGAGCCCCUGAUGGUCUUGUUCGUCGAGCUUUGCGUUGAUCUUCGCAAGGGCAAGUCGGCAAAGGAUGGCCUCUUCCAGUACAAGAACAUUGCGCAGAACACCAAUGUCGGCACGAUCGAGAUGGUCUUGAAACGAUUUAUCGAGCUUGCUGAGCAGAAGGUUACUGAGGCUCAAGCCAAGGCUGAGGAGAUUCAGUCUUCGCUCGAAUCCGCCAAUGCGACCGCUAAUAUUGAGGAUCUCGAGGCCACCGAGACCCCGGAAUCCAUCCUCCUCUCGACCGUCUCAGGAGAGCAGUCUCGUGACCGUACAGACCGUGCCGUCGUCACGCCGUGGCUCAAGUUCCUCUGGGAGACUUACCGCACCGUUUUGGAUAUCUUGAGGAACAAUGCUCGUCUUGAAAUCAUGUACCAGACCACUGCUCUCCAAGCCUUCCAGUUCUGUCUUCACUAUGCCCGCAAGACCGAGUUCCGCCGGCUGUGUGAGCUUCUCCGGAAUCACUUGCAAAACGCCGCAAAGUACUCGGCUCAGAUGCACGCCAUCAACCUCAACGAUCCGGACACUCUUCAGCGUCACCUCGACACCCGCUUCCAGCAGUUGAACGUGGCUGUCGAGCUCGAGCUUUGGCAGGAAGCUUUCCGCAGUAUUGAGGAUAUCCACACUCUGCUCAGCCUGAGCAAGCGCCCUGCCAAGAACGUCAUGAUGGCCAACUACUACGAGAAGUUGACCAGAAUUUUCCUCGUCAGCGAGAACUAUCUCUUCCACGCUGCUGCGUGGAGCCGUUACUACAAUCUCUUGCGCCAGUCUGCACACGUCGUUGCUGCUGGCCAAGGUCUCAAGAAGGACAACCCCGCCGUCAGCGAGGCUGACAUGACUCGCGCGGCUUCCUUCGUCUUGCUCUCUGCCCUGUCUAUCCCCGUCAUCAGCACUUCUCGUUCUCGAGGUGCCCUUGUCGACGUUGAUGAGGCCAAGAAGAACAAGAACACCCGGCUCACAAACCUUCUCGGUAUGAACCAGGCUCCCUCCCGUGCUGUGCUCUUCAAGGAUGCUUUGAACAAGGGCCUACUCAUGCGUGCUCGUCCCGAGAUCCGCGACCUGUACAAUAUCCUCGAGGUCGAUUUCCACCCCUUGUCCAUCUGCAAGAAGAUCUCGCCCAUCCUGACCCAGAUUGGUGCGGACCCUGAGAUGGAGAAGUAUGUCCAGCCUUUGCAGCAGGUCAUUCUCACCCGUCUCUUCCAGCAGCUCUCCCAGGUGUACGAGUCUGUCGAGCUCAAGUUCGUCUACAGCCUCGCCCAGUUCCCUGAGCCCUUCCAAGUCACCUCUGGUACCAUUGAGAAAUUCAUCAUGAACGGCUGCAAGAAGGGUGAUCUCGCUAUCCGCAUCGACCAUGCCACCGGUAUCUUGUCCUUUGAUUCGGACGUCUUCUCGUCUGCCAAGGCGCUGCACCCCGGCACCGCCGCCGGCUCUGCCGAGAGCGAAACUAGCUCAGUCCAGCGCCUCCAGAGCACCCCCGCUGAGAUUGUUCGUUCUCAGCUCACUCGCCUUGCCAAGUCGCUCUACCUUACCUGCCAAUACGUCGACCCCUCGUACAAUGAGGCUCGUCAGCAGGCCAAGGCCGCGGCCUUUGCCCGCGCCCAGGAGGGAGCUCAGAAGGAGCACGAGGAGGCCCUUGUCCGUCGUGAGGUCAUUGACAAGAGAAAGACCGCGGCCUCCAAUGCUUUGGCUCAGAAAGAGAAGGAGGAAGCGACUCAGAAGCGCAUUCGUGCUCAGCAGAUUCUGGAGGCUGAGAACCAGCGUCUCCGCGAGGAGCAGCGUGAGCGUGAGCAGAAGCGCCUCAAGGCCGAGCAAGACCGCAUUCGCCAAGAGGAGCUCAAGAAACAGAUUGAGGACCUCAAGACUGGCGUCAAGGGCAUUGACGUGAGCGAAAUGGAUCUCGACGACCUUGACACCAACCGUCUCCGGGCUAUGAAGCUUGCCCAGCUUGAAAAGGAAAAGAACGAGCUCAGCGAGCGCCUUCGCGUCACUGGCAAGCGUAUUGAUCAUCUCGAGCGUGCUUUCCGCCGGGAGGAGGCUAAGAUUCUGCCGCGGGACUACCAGGCUCAGAGGGAGCGUGACCUCGCUGCUUAUGAGGAGACCAAGGCUGCCACCUUGAAGGAAGCUGAGCAGAAGCACAAGGAUGAUGUUGCGCUCAAGCACCGCCUUACUCGCUUGGUUGCCACCUAUGAGUCUUUCCGUGACAGCGUCCAUGAGCGCCGACACGAAGAGUUUGAGAAGCGCCGUAAGGCUGCCGAGAAGGAUCUCCAGAACAAGAUGAACUUGCGUCGCAAGGAGUACCACGAGAGAAAGGCCCGCGAGCAGUUCGAGGCCGAGGAGAGAGAGCGGGCUGCUAGGGAGGAGGAAGAGAGAAUCGCCAGAGAGGCCGAGGAGAAGGCCGCCAGAGAGGAGGAGACACGCCGCAGACUGACCGAGGAGAAGGAGAAGAGAGAAGAGGAGAGAAGGAAAUUGGACGAAAUCGCUGCCAGACAGCGACAGAGAGAAAUCGAGGCCGAGGAGAAGCUCAAGGCCCGCAAGACCGGCGGUCCCGAGCGUGGUCCCGAACGGGGUCCUGAACGGGGUCCUGAACGGGGUCCUGCCCGUCCGGCAGAGGGCGAGCGUGGACCUCCUCGUCUCAACCUCGCGGGCAACAAGCCAAGCUGGAGAGAGCGCGAAGCCGCCAGGGCCGCGGCCGGCGCUACUGGUGAAGCCGCACCCCCGUCCGAUGUUCCCACCGCCGAAGCAGACCUUCCCAAACGUACUGGAUACGUUCCCCCACACAUGCGUGGCCGUGCCAACCCUCAAGCUCCUCGCGAGCCGUCUUCCAAUGACGCCCCCGCCAGCGGCUGGCGUCCUGCUUCUCACCAGGACAGCUCAUCACGCGACGAGUCUCCCGCUGACGCGGGCUCUGCGGGCAAGUGGGUCCCUCGCCACUUGAGAGGCGAUGCCCCUGCUCCUGCCCCUGCCCCUGCCGACAAUGGUUCCCGUAUCCCAGCUCGCCGCGAGGAGUCUCCCGCUGAGUCGUCCGGCCCCCAGAAAUACCGUCCUGGUGCCUUCCGCCGCGGUGGUCAGUAA